CGCAUUGCAGGCCCCCUGUCAAUAUGUGUCAAUAUACCCCUAGAAGCGAUUUUAGGCACCCUGUUGGCAACAGCCGCGCUCAGGCAAUCACACAUUUAGGGCCGCAAAAGCAAAUGUGCCAAAAGGCAUUCCCAACCCCUUUGCAAGGGGGUAGGCUUCGCUUCCAGACGGGCUUGAACCGUCGACCUUGCGGUGGCAGAGAUAUCCGGCACGGACUCGGAUAUAUGUAACAGCCGCACGCUCUACCGGCUGAGCUAUAGAAGCAGACGAGGGGACACACUAGGCUGCACAGCAACCACGAUUCUACCAGGGAUCGAACCUGGAAUCUCCGGUUCCGUAGACCGGCGCUUUAUCCAUCAAGCCAUAGAACCUCUGCGUGGGAAUGUGCUGCGCUCGCCGCUGCAAAUGCAGAUCGGAGCGCGCCAAGGCCGACGCACAGCUGGGCGCCAACAUGCUGCUGCCGCCGUAUCAGGGCCGGCUGGUGGUCGGGAGCACGGGCGUGAUCGCGCGCACGAUGGCGCAUCUGCGCGCGCGGUACGCCUUUGUUCCGAUCCCGGGCCAGACCAAGCUUCGCAAGGUGUACGCGUGCGAGACUCCGGCCUGCAACGCUCGUAUGGAGUGGGUUGCCAAGGAUGCUACCGCCAAGGCCUGGCUCGUUUCGCAUAGCCCGCACAGCCAUGCGGCAGCCGCGCCGACGCCUACGGCGACACCCGGCCAGCUGACAAGGCAAGCGCUGCGCAACAAGAACUUCUGCAUCGCCAAGACUUGGGUGGAGACGUUCAAGCGUACACUGGUCGCCGCUGAGCUGAGCAGGUGCAGUAGCGGGAUUUCUCAGCACAGCAACGGCAGGGCACCAGCGUACUGAGAUCGGACAGGUCUGCUGCGCGUGCGGCAUGACUCCCCCGGUGCGGGGGAUUCAGGCGAAGCGCUGGCCGCUUGCGGCAGGCGUGGCUGCCGAUGCUGUCGUCGGCAGCACCAGGCUCUGCAUCGCCCCCGUUGUGUGGGGCCCGCAUCCUGGGUAGUGCAGCGUUGGCAGGGGGGUAGUUGCGCGGGAGUAGUUGCUUGUGGGAAGUGGAGGGAGGUGCAUGCGCAAGAUCUGUUGCAGCAGUGGCAUGAUUCCCCCGGUGCGGGGGACGUAGUCAUUGUUUGCAGCAGCAGGCUCUGCGCUGCUCCCGUUGUGUGGGGCUCGCAUCCUGGGGAGUGGGGUGUAGGCGUGGGCAUGGGUGCGGCGCCUUGCAUGGGUGAUUCACACUGACCAUUGUGCCUGCAAUUGUGUGUUCUGUGCAUGGAGGCGCGAGGAGGGUGCUGCGUCAGCGGAAGCUGCGCAGGAGCUGCUUGUGCAAGGCGUGGCCAGCAGCAUCGGGUGGGUUCGCUUGUAUGUGCGGCUGUGGGCAGCGCAGGCAGGGACAGUGCAUGCCAACUGCUGCAAGGCACUCUGCUGACGCUGUGCACAUGUUUGGAUACCCGCA